UUUGACGGUUGCGAAGUUUUCGCCGCUGCUCCAUUUACUUUGGUACAGGUUAGAUUCUUCUACCUACCAGAUUUUAAAUAGAUCUCCAAUUUCUUAAUACCUGCGCAGCAAACAUGGCCGUUUCAAUCGUUCUGGGUAGUCAGUGGGGUGAUGAAGGAAAGGGGAAGAUCACAGAUAUGCUCGCGCAGCAAGCUACUCUCUGCUGCCGUGCCGCUGGCGGCCACAAUGCGGGUCAUACCAUUGUUCAUGGCAACAAGACCUACGAUUUCCAUAUCCUCCCCUCUGGCCUGAUCUCUCCUGGGUGUAUCAACCUUAUCGGUGCCGGAACCGUCUUUCAUGUUCCCAGCUUCUUCAAGGAGUUGGCGUCUCUUGAGGAGAAGGGUCUGGAGGGCGCCAGCAAGCGUAUCUUCAUUUCCGACCGCGCUCAUGUCUGUCUCGACUUGCACUCUGUUGUAGAUGGCUUGGAGGAGGCCAAGCUGGGUGGUCGCAAGGUUGGCACCACCGGCAAGGGUAUCGGUCCUUGCUACAGUGAUAAGGCUUCUCGUAGGGGUAUCCGUGUUGGGGAGAUCCAGGAUGAGGCGCUCUUCGAGCGCAAGCUACGCUCCUUGGAGGCUGGAUAUCGCGCCCGAUUUGGCGAGUUGGAAUACAACGUCGAGGAGGAGAUUGAACGCUUCAAGGAAUACCGUAAAUUAUUGGGUCCCUACAUUGUCGACCAAUUGGCCUUCCUUCAAAAAUACAAGGACUCUCCGAGCACCUUGGUCGAGGGUGCCAACGCUCUCAUGCUCGAUUUGGAUCACGGUACUUAUCCCUUCGUGACUUCGUCGUCUACUGGCCUGGGCGGUGCUAUGCAAGCCCUUUCAUUGAACCCCACCAGCAUUAAAUCCAUUAUCGGUGUCGUGAAGGCCUACACCUCCCGUGUCGGCUCCGGCCCUUUCCCUAGCGAACAGAUCAAUGAAGCCGGCGAGAAGCUGCAGAGCGUCGGUAGAGAGUUCGGUGUCACUACUGGCCGUCGUCGUCGCUGCGGCUGGCUCGACUUGGUUGUGUGCCGCUACUCCCAGGCUAUCAACCACUACACCGCCCUGAACCUGACCAAGCUGGACGUUCUGGACGACUUUGACGAGAUCAAGGUCGGCGUCGCCUACAUCCUGCCCGAUGGCACCCGCACCGAGAACACCGUUCCCGCCGACUCCGAGGUCCUCGAGAAGGUGCAGGUUGAAUACGUUACUCUCCCUGGCUGGAAGAGCAACACAAUGGGCGUCAAGAAGUACGAGGAUCUUCCCGCCAAUGCGCGCGCGUACAUCGAGUACAUCGAGCGCGAACUGGGUGGCGUUCCUGUGAAAUGGAUCGGUACCGGUCCUGCCCGGGAUGACAUGAUUGCACGCGAGUAGAGCGGUAUUGUCUGCAUAGACGGGUUGAUCCUUGUUUUCUUGCUUGCCUUCAAAUAAAAUAUCCCGAUGUGUCAUUGGGUCGUGUUUCUUGUACUUUUGUUUACGUGAUCGACUCAAGGAUCUAUAUCUACGAAUGACGAUGCCUGAUAGCGGUAGAUGUGGAUUGUCUAUACAGAUGAAUAGAUACAUCGUUUUUCAAUCUUAAUGACUUUAUUGAUGUACGCGUUUUUAUCUUUAUUCUUUUGUAUGGUCGUGGUCUCUGUCUUUGUUAAUAUUAGUAAGAAAUUAGAGAUGAAGCUAUUGUACGAAUCGAUUAGAUUGGAUUAUACAUUAUAUUUUAUGCUUUAUUUAUUUUGGAAUGACUUUUUUUUUGUGAAAGAAAAUUGCUGGUGCAUUCCAAAUCAUGAGGGGGAUCCAUAAUAUAAUUGCUUAUGCGGUGCUGAGAGACUGGGUUUAGUCAUGCCUUAUCCAUGCUUAUCAAACCCUAUGUAUG